AUGAGCGUGGAUGCUCUGGGGAUCCCGGUGAUGGACCCUGCUGCUCUCUCCAGGCGGAACACGGCGCUGAGAUUAGUAGACUUGGCGGGGGCUCCUCGCCACCAUCACCACCCCCCUCAGAGCAUGACAGGCUUCCCGGGGGUCGCCGGGCACCCCCACACCAGGGCGCCCACGCAGCCGGGGGAACACGCCGCCGAGUCCCGCCUCGGGCCACAGCAGCUCCGGCCAGAACACAUGGGGCACCGCCACCAUCCUCAUCCUCCUCCUCAGCAUCACCCCGCGGCCCUUAAGAUCGGCCCUGCCCCUCAUCCCCACCACCAGCUCCACCACUACCAUCAUCAUCAUCAUCAUCAUCAUCAUAUGGCAGGCCAAGCCGAGGUGAUCUCUAGUCAAACGGCAGCGUUUGGCCCGGCGCAGUCACCAGCAGCCCCUUACCCCGUCUCUCACCCAGCCCAGGCUCUGGCAGCAGGUAGGGACUUCUUCAUAUGCAGAGACCUGCCGGCCCCACUCAUGCCAGGGCUGACCGAGCAGCACCCCGCUGCAAGUUCUCACCACGGACUGUUUGUCUCAACAACAGGUAGCUACCCCGGACACCAUGGUCACCACCACCACCACUCAGAAGCUGGGAAUCCCUCUCUGUUCACUGGACUCCAUGAGCAGCCUCCCCAUGCAGCUCCAGGUGGCCAUCUAAACGGACAGCUCAGACUGGGGUUACCUGGAGAAAUGUACGCCAGGUCUGAACAUUUCACUCAAGUACCAGCCUCCAGGACAGAUCAUUUUGCUGCUGCUUCGCUUCAUAACUACGGUGGUAUGAAUCUGAACGUGAACCUGGCUCCGCACCAUGGCCCGGGUGCCUUCUUUCGUUACAUGAGGCAGCCCAUCAAACAGGAACUCAUCUGUAAGUGGAUUGAGUUGGACCAGACUCCCAAAAAAUUAUGCUCGAAAACUUUCAGCACGAUGCACGAGCUGGUGACUCAUGUCACGGUGGAGCACGUUGGAGGACCCGAGCAGUCCAAUCACAUAUGUUUCUGGGAAGAGUGUCCAAGAGAAGGGAAACCUUUCAAGGCCAAAUAUAAACUUGUAAAUCACAUCAGAGUCCACACAGGUGAAAAACCUUUCCCCUGCCCUUUCCCAGGCUGUGGCAAAGUGUUUGCCAGAUCAGAGAAUCUCAAAAUACACAAAAGAACUCAUACAGGGGAGAAGCCGUUCAAAUGUGAAUUCGAGGGCUGUGACAGGCGCUUCGCCAACAGCAGCGACAGGAAGAAGCACUCGCACGUCCACACCAGCGACAAGCCCUACAACUGCAAAGUGAGAGGCUGCGACAAGUCCUACACCCACCCCAGCUCCCUGAGAAAACACAUGAAAGUGCACUGCAAAUCCCCUCCUCCCAGCUCCGGCUACGAGUCCUCCACGCCCUCCUUGGUGUCCCCCUCCUCGGACUCCGGCCGUGAGCCCCCCGCCUCCUGCUCCCACGCAGAGCCCUCCGCGCCCGCGCAGCCCGCCGCCAACCUGAGCGAAUGAUGUCUACCCCGUUGCUCUCAAGGUAAUCUAGACAGACGCAGCUGAAAGCCUGAAUCUUAUGCCUUAGACAUCAAAGCAAGCUCGCACAAAGAAGUAUUUCUUCACAACGGUGAAUCUUCAUGGUAAGUUAGGAUUUCUAUGGCAAUAGGCAAGUCAUACUUAAAUAGUGAAAGGCGAAGUCUGGAGCCCGUCCAGUCUUUUCAUUAAGGACAUAAUAUUUACGUCUAACAGGCCCUUUUUCUUGUGUAUACAAGUAUAUAUUUUUGUUUGACGUGAACUAAAUCAUUUUCAUUUAAUUUCCGGUAAACAAAACCCACGCGAACAGGGCACUUGUUCCAGACCAUAAUAAAAAUGGAUAAGACUGUCAGGAAGAAAAGGCCCGCUUGAACCGUCGCCUCAGCUCACUUUUGUUUCUGCUUUCUGCCAGGAUCAGAGAAUGCAUUUGGGAUUUGAGGGCGAGUUUCUAAAGGCAAGGAAAUGGUUUUUAAGGGGGGAAAGAAAAGGAGAAAGGUCUAAUCAAGCUCGGGUUGUUCAAAGGGCCUGAUUUUGGGGUUGAAAGUGUGAGUUUUAUGGUGCAUCAGCAUGCCACGUUAGGAUCGCUAUGGUAAUGAGGAGAGCAAUAGCAAGCGGCCUUCAAAGGAGGCACACUCCAUU